GUUAAUAUUGAAUUGCGCUAGAAAAUUAAUUGUAAUCAAUUUGUGCUGCGAAAAUGGCUAACGAAAUGGCGCACAAAAUGAAGGCCAUCAAAUGCCCCACAGACGAACUAUCGAAGACCAACAAGGCGAUCGUUAAUAUCGCCGAUUUCACCGAGGAAGUAAAAUAUGUGGACAUCUCGCCAGGACCUGGACAGCAUUAUAUAUUUGCGCUGGAGAAGAUUGUCGAUCUGCCACGUGGACAUGUGGGUUUCUCACUGGUGCACCGCAAAUGGGCCUCGCUCUCCAUUAACCAGGAGAUCGAUGUGCGUCCAUAUCGCUUCGAUGCCAGCUCCGACAUUGUUACGUCCGUUUCCUUUGAGACGGACUUUCUGCAAAAGAAGAUCAACACCCAGGAGCCCUACGAUUCGGAUGAAAUGGCCAAGGAGUUCAUCAUGAAGUUUGCCGGCAUGGCCCUGACGGUAGGCCAGACACUGGUCUUUGAAUUCAAGGACAUGAAAUUGCUUGGUUUGGCUGUAAAGACGCUCGAAGCCGUCGAUCCCAGAACUGUUGGUGACGGCAAGGAGCCAAAGACGCGCAACGUCCGCUUUGGCCGUGUCCUGGGCAACACUGUGGUGCAAUUCGAGAAGGCCGAGAACUCUGUGCUGAAUCUGACGGGCAGAUCCAAAGGUAAAAUUGUGCGACAGUCUAUCAUAAAUCCGGACUGGGACUUUGGCAAAAUGGGCAUUGGCGGCCUGGACAAUGAAUUCAAUGCCAUCUUUAGACGUGCCUUCGCCUCGCGCGUCUUUCCGCCCGAGCUGGUCGAGCAGUUGGGCAUCAAGCAUGUGAAGGGCAUAUUACUCUACGGACCGCCUGGCACGGGCAAAACUUUGAUGGCCCGACAGAUUGGAACCAUGCUGAAUGCGCGUGAGCCCAAGAUUGUGAACGGACCGCAGAUCCUAGACAAAUAUGUGGGCGAAUCAGAGGCCAACAUACGCCGUCUGUUCGCCGAUGCCGAGGAGGAGGAGAAGCGUCUCGGGCCGAACAGCGGACUGCACAUUGUCAUCUUCGAUGAGAUCGACGCCAUUUGCAAGGCGCGCGGCUCUGUGGCGGGCAACAGUGGCGUCCACGACACCGUGGUCAAUCAGCUGCUGGCCAAGAUUGAUGGCGUGGAGCAGCUGAACAACAUACUGGUCAUUGGCAUGACCAAUCGCAGGGAUAUGAUCGAUGAGGCGCUGCUUCGACCCGGCCGCCUUGAGGUUCAAAUGGAAAUCAGUCUGCCCGAUGAGAAGGGACGCGUUCAGAUUCUCGACAUACACACGAAACGUAUGCGCGAAUUCAAUAAGAUUGCCAGCGAUGUGGAUAAUAAGGAGAUUGCGGCAUGCACCAAGAACUUCAGCGGCGCCGAGCUGGAGGGUCUGGUGCGUGCCGCCCAGUCCACGGCCAUGAAUCGUCUGAUCAAGGCCGAUGCCAAGGUUCAUGUGGAUCCCGAAGCCAUGGAAAAGUUGAAGGUCACACGCUCCGACUUUAUGCAUGCCUUGGAAAAUGAUAUAAAGCCCGCAUUCGGUGCGGCACAGGAAAUGAUCGAGAAUAUGCUCGCGCGUGGCGUCAUCCACUGGGGCCAGCCGGUGACCAGCGUGCUGGAGGAUGGCAUGCUAUACGUGCAGCAAGCGAAGGCCACAGAAAGCUCAGGUCUGGUCUCGGUGCUCAUUGAGGGUGCGCCCAACUCCGGCAAAUCGGCGCUGGCCGCCAAUCUGGCCAAGAUGAGCAACUUUCCCUUUGUCAAGGUGUGCUCGCCCGAGGAUAUGGUGGGCUUCACCGAGUCCGCCAAGUGCUUGCACAUACGCAAGAUAUUCGAUGAUGCCUACCGCUCCACGCUCAGUUGCAUUGUGGUGGACAAUGUGGAGCGUCUGCUGGACUAUGGACCCAUUGGACCGCGCUACUCCAACCUGACGCUGCAGGCAUUGCUUGUGCUGCUCAAGAAACAGCCACCGAAGGGCCGCAAGCUGCUCGUCCUGUGCACCUCCAGCCGGCGUCAGGUGCUCGAGGAAAUGGAAAUGCUCUCAGCAUUCACCUCCGUCCUGCAUGUAUCCAAUCUGUCCAGUCCCGAUCAUGUGCUCACCGUGCUGGAAGACUCGGAUCUGUUCAGCCCCGAAGAGUUGCAAGUAAUUGCUAGAAAAAUUAGCGGCAAGCGUGUCUGGAUUGGCAUCAAGAAGCUGCUGGCAUUAAUUGACAUGGUGCGGCAAUCGGAGCCGGAAUAUCGGGUUAUCAAGUUCCUUACCAAAAUGGAGGAGGAGGGCGGCCUGGAGAUGAUGGCGAGACCGCAGUAGCUACCGCCCGUACUGGAACUGAAAAUGUCAGUCGUGGAGCUCAACGAUGCUUUCUGAAGCGUGUCCAACGAAUUAGCUCGAAUAGAGAUUUGUAAUACAUUUUAUAACGCAACCGACCACAAAACCAGAGCUAGAAACAAACACAGAGCCGACCAAUUAUGUGAAUUAAACAACAACAAAAAAAAAACAAAAAA